CCCGGUCACUCCCCAGAUCACACACAUUAAGCUCUGUUCGUUUCGCAUAGGAGUCAUCGCCGCAGACAGAUACCGUUCUUCCGCUCCCACCCACCCGUUUUGUCCAGUAGCUUGGCUGAGCUCACGCCCGCCGCCGCACUUCGGCACCGGCGACGAAGGAUCGGUCGAUCCCUUUUGGGUGUGUUGCCGUCAUGAAGAAGGUCGUGCUGAAGCUGGACCUGCACGAUGACAGGCAGAAGCAGAAGGCGCUCAAGGCCGUCUCCACUCUCCAUGGCAUCGACGAGAUGUCCGUGGACAUGAAGGCGCAGAAGAUGACGAUCAUCGGCGCCGCCGACCCCGUCGCCGUGGUGGGCAAGCUGCGCAAGCUCUUCCCCGCGGCGCUCAUCGUCUCCGUCGGCCCGGCCAAGGAGGAGAAGAAGGAGGGUGACAAGAAGGAAGGCGGGGACAAGAAGGACGGCGACAAGAAAGACGGCGACAAGAAGAAAGACGGCGACAAGAAGGAGGACGCGAACAAGCAGCUGGUGUACCCGCCGUGGUACCCGCCGCCAUACGGCUACGGGCCGCCGCCCCAGCCCUACCCUCAGUUCGUCAUCCGCAGCGCCGAGGAGGACCCCAACUCCUGCGUCAUCUGCUGAUCCCUUGUCAGGCAUCCCUGCUUGUACAUUUCUAGCUGGCCUGCCCUGCGCGCUGUAGCUCACCGGUGAACACCGUUAGCGACCGGCUCCGGUGGGUGGUUGCUGCACUCAUCGGCCUACCUUCGACAGUGAUUCACCGAGUGCCUUGUAGUAUCAUCCAUUUUCGGUAGAUGUUGUUUUGUCUUGUUAUUUUCUGGAGAACGGGUUAGUGGUAUACGCAUCUGCUGAUUGUAAUGUGCAGACAUAGAGAAGAACUACAAAAUAGAAACUUU